ACCAGUAGUAGUGUCGUGAAAACGUUAGAAAGAGCAUCAACCUUGAAUUCUCUAAAUAUAAUCAACCGAAUGAUGGACUUACAUUCCGAUUAUAAUGAUGCAUUGGCUAAUGCUACACGAGAAAAUAUUGAGCCAGCUCUAAACAUAGAAAAGACGAGGAACGAUGAGACCGAUUCAAAUGAUACAAUAUCGGACGAUAAUAAUCAAGAAGACUUUGAUGAACCAGAGAUGGAAAUGGUGGCUUUAUCUCACAAAAGAAAAAGAGAAGUUUUGCGCAGUUUAGAUAAUCAAGAUCUCUAUUCAGAAUUUCCCCGAUCAGAAGUAAAUUUAUCAUAUACUAUUCAAGUUUCAAAAGUUGAGAUUUUGGAAGGGUUGGAAACGAAAUCGCGCUUAGAAAAAUAUAAUAUUUUUUGUCUUUUUGAUGUUGAAUUUCAUUACACAAAACAACUUUUUAAAAAACUAUCAACGGACCAAGUUAACGCAAUAAAAAGUAAAUGGACAAUGGUUAGUUUAUUUUUAAUUGUUGUAAAUAGUUAUGGACAUAAACCCCAGAUUAACAAAUGUACCUUUAUGAACAAUAAUGAGGCCGAAGAAUCGGUUAAUAAAAAAGAAAUCGAAGAAUGCUGGAGUGCAUGUUCGUUAAAAAAACUAGUUGAUAAUUAUAACAAAGUCAUCAAAGAGAAUGUAAAUGAAAAUACAUUUUGUACAGACUUUAACUCACUUAUGACGGGUGUUACAAAACAACAAUUUAAUAAUUAUGAACAUCAAAAAAAUUACGAAUUUAGUACUAGUGAAUAUCAAUAUCGAGACGAAAUAGUGAAUCCUCUUUUGGCAUCAAUCUUUUUUGAUGUCGAUAAUGCAUUGUGGUUAAAAACUGGAGAAAUUGAAAAUACGUCACAAAAAAGACAACGCAAUUUUUUAAAACAAGAAAAUGAACGAGUAAAACUUGGUGACAAACACGACGGCAUUUUAUACAUGGACAUACAAGGUAUACCAGUCGAAGUCGGUUUUUUGGAAGUGGUGGGUAAUGCGUUUACUAUGGCAAUAUCUGACAAAAAUGAUGAUCUCGAGAAACUGUUAAAAG